AUGAACCAGUUAAAAGCGGACCAGCGACGGGUCGAUUCGGACAUGCAAGACGAGCCGCAGAAAAGUGUUAGACACGAGCAGAACAUCGACAAAGGGAAUCUUGACUGCAAACUCAAGAAAACGACAUACAUUGCUCCAGCAGUACCAAUUGAACAUGCCUCUUCCUCCAGGGGCAAGGCACUUGGGAAUGGUCGUUGGGACUCAAUCCAAACUAAGAUGUCAUCCUUGGUCGUCCAGCUCAGAGCUCUCAUAAGUGAAGAUGGGAAAUUGACAUGGAGCAAAAUUCAUUCCUUCCAGGAACCUGGUGUUCGAUAUAAUACUUCCACGCUGUUCCGUCACAAAGAUACUCUGGGGCGCGAAUGGCAUGGGUGUGAGGACGAUCGAUACCUCAGUGCUACCGACGGACGCCUGUCUCAACUAAUAGUGCAGGCGACGGGUGAGAUCUGCAACGGACCUCAGAACUCAACAUGGGCUCGUACGAAAAUCAGGGACCCGACUCCCAUGAUGCUACGUGUGAUGCUGUGGGUCUUGAGAGAAAGAUUGAUGAGCUCUCAAGCCUCUGACAUGGACCUUUUAUUGAAAUGGGCUCCAUCAUGCCUUGUAAUCUUUUUGUUGUUGUUUGUGCCAGCAGACCUAGGGGGUGAGGUUCGGAAUGAUGGCAAUUAUGAGCACUUCAAAUAUCACUACUGGGGUUAUGCCGCUAUUUCCAGUAACCCGCGCGAGCAUCCACCGUCGACGGCGAGUCUGGCGUUAAGCAAUCAAGAGUCUAACCCCAUCUCCCAACGCCUGCUGCGGCCAAGGUAUUUGUGCUUUCUCAAGGAUGGACGCUGUGCCCAACCUCAAAAGGUCAGUGAGUGGGAAGCAGAGCAUGGGAAAACCAGCGUCCUACAAUACAUCUUUGUGGCCUAUACAACGGAACAAUUCUCCCAUGGCGACGUUAAGGAUUUGAACGCUUUGCACUAUAUCGCCGAGGCCGCAGCUCGACGGGCAGGCGUGCAGGCAUACUGGAUUGCAUGCAGCUGCAUGCCAGAUGAGCACGAGAUGUCCGAGGAUAUUUAUCGCAUUAGCGAUGUUGUGCGCGGCUCACAUUCUUUAUCCAUCGUCGUUGGCCCUCCUGUCAAGAAGGGCUCCGCACAGAGGUAUUCAACGAGCGAAUUUCUACUCCAAUGGGGGAGACGCAUGUGGACCUUUCCCGAAGUGCUCCUCAGUCCCAACAGCCAUCCUAUCGCUAUUUACACUCGUGGGAGCGAUAUCGAGAGCCCACUACUGGUUAGAAAACGUAACUUUCCAGCAGAGGCAUGGCCGGACGCGCUUAAGUCAAGACAGCUGGUCGACCAUUACGAAUCAUCUAUUGUACUGGGUCCUCUGGAACUCAUGUCGAUCGCAUUACAGUGCUUAGGAACCCGCGAGACCCGAGAAAUCCGCCAUCAUGGUGACUUGUCAUACAUUCUGAUGGGCCUGCUGAGACGCAGACCAAAAGUAGAUCCUGAGAACAGUGCUUUCCAAGCCUUCUGUCGGCUAUCAUUGAGCAAUGACAGUCAUCAAUUACUGGAGCGCCUGAUCUGCCUGCUUCCGGGCACAUCGGACAAAUCGGACGAACCGGACAAACCGUGGUAUACAAUCGAUGACGUCUGGGAUCGUAACUUGUGGGAUAUUCAGCCCCUUUGCCAGGUCGUCGGUGUGGGUCAUGACGAUACGGUUAUCCUCAGUGGUUCCUUUGGUACUCCUAUCAGGUGGAAGUCGUUUGCGGCGGUCAAUCUCCGCCUGCGUAACACGAUGAAAAGAUCGGUGGCCAAGGUGGCCCUCCGCGCUGUACCAAUAUGGUUCUUGCUGGGGGUCUUUCUAUUGCGGAUCUCUCAAUCCAAAGGUGGAGAUACAUACGGGGUUAUAACAGGCGUGGGGUGGUUGUUCAUGGGUGCCACGAUCAUCAUUGUCGUCAUUUCUCCAUAUCUACUCUCAUACCUGUAUGUGGGUAAGGUAUGGUCUGCGCAACCCUGGGUAUUUGGGUUUGAAGGAUAUAUGCCCAUCGACAGGAUCGAGAGAAACCUCCUUGGCGUUAACCUGAACCGCCUCAAAUGGUCUCCGUAUGGCAGUGAACUAUCCCGCCACCGCGAGGUCUGUGGCGAGUGUGUUGGUGUCGACCCAACAUCCGAUCCAGACGUCAACAGGGUAGUCAGCGACAGCUGGCGAUCCGGUUACGGCCAGAUGAGGGUCUUCACGCUGGUUGACAGUAAUACCAUGUCAGUAACUCUCUUUCGAGCUGUUCGACCUCCCGUUGCUAUGCUCCUCUGUGGCGGUGAGGGUGGGAUGCAGCGCGCUCUCCUCUGCUCGUACGAUUGGAGGUCGCAGUCGCUCUACCGAGAGACCGUAUUACGGGUGGAUACUCUUGCAUUGGAAAAAAUGCCUCGCGUGAACCGAUUUCGAUUGGGCUUGCGGAGGCCAUUAAGUGAGACAGUUCCCACCAAGGCGGAAUUCGAUGGUGCAGAUGAGGUGGUGUAA